GGAAGGCAGAGGCUGUGCCUGGACUCCGGAAUGGGAUAAGGUUGCGAAGACUAUGAUUGCAUCCUCUCCCCUGAACUGGAGAGAAGAUGUCGGAAAUCCUGUAGAAAAUGCUUGGAAAUGUCCAGCUGAGCAUCGACUUGAUUGCUUCACUUCCUCCGAAAGACUUCCCCAUUGUUUUUGAAUGACCUUCUCACCUGGUCAUCUCAUCAUGUUUCCCAUACUGGCUUAAACCGUUUCCUAAAAUGCUCCUUCUGCUUGUUAUCUUGUUACUGAAGGAAGAUGUCUGUGGGAACUUUGGUCUUUUGGUUUCGGCACAGUCCAACGAAAGGAGGGUGGUGGCCCAUAUGCCCGGCGACAUCAUCAUUGGGGCUUUGUUCUCUGUCCAUCAUCAGCCAACUGUGGACAAGGUUCAUGAGAGGAAAUGUGGAGAGGUGAGAGAGCAAUAUGGGAUCCAGAGAGUGGAGGCGAUGCUCCACACUCUAGACAGGAUUAAUCAGAACCAAAUGCUGCUGCCAAACAUAACUUUAGGCUGUGAGAUUCGGGACUCGUGUUGGCAUUCGGCGGUCGCUCUCGAGCAAAGCAUCGAGUUCAUACGGGAUUCUCUCAUCUCAGCAGAAGAGGAGGAAGGAUUGAUGAAGUGUGUGGAUGGAUCUUCAUCGUCCUUCCAUGCCAAGAAACCCAUUGUUGGGGUCAUUGGACCUGGGUCCAGCUCUGUGGCAAUCCAGGUCCAAAACUUGUUGCAACUUUUCAACAUACCUCAGAUUGCCUACUCUGCCACAAGCAUGGACUUAAGUGACAAAACCCUGUUCAAAUACUUCAUGAGAGUGGUACCCUCUGAUGCACAACAGGCUCGGGCUAUGGUGGACAUUGUUAAGAGAUACAACUGGACCUACGUGUCUGCCGUACAUACCGAAGGAAACUAUGGUGAGAGUGGAAUGGAAGCCUUCAAAGACAUGUCGGCCAAGGAAGGAAUCUGCAUUGCCCAUUCCUACAAGAUCUACAGCAAUGCUGGGGAGCAGAGCUUUGACAAGCUGUUGGAAAAGCUAAGGAGCCAUUUACCCAAGGCAAGGGUUGUGGCAUGCUUCUGCGAGGGCAUGACUGUGCGAGGGCUGCUUAUGGCGAUGAGACGCUUGGGUCUGGCUGGAGAAUUUUUGCUGCUAGGCAGUGAUGGGUGGGCAGACAGGUACGAUGUGACAGACGGCUACCAGCGGGAAGCUGUUGGCGGAAUAACGAUCAAGCUCCAGUCGCCUGAUGUGAAAUGGUUUGAUGAUUAUUACCUGCAGCUUCAGCCAGAAACCAAUCAACGGAACCCAUGGUUUCAGGAAUUUUGGCAACACCGAUUCCAGUGCCGUCUGAAGGGGUCCCCUCAAGAGAAUAUGAAAUUCAAUAAAACCUGCCGCAGUAAUUUGACCUUAGAGAUGCAACAUGUCCAAGAUUCUAAGAUGGGGUUUGUGAUUAAUGCAAUAUACUCCAUGGCAUAUGGCCUCCAUAACAUGCAGGUGGCAUUGUGCCCAGGCUACGCAGGUCUUUGUGAUGCCAUGAAACCGAUUGAUGGACGGAAACUUUUGGAUUCUCUUAUGAAGGCCAACUUCACUGGGGUUUCUGGGGACAUGAUCACAUUUGACGAAAACGGAGACUCACCAGGACGGUACGAGAUCAUGAAUUUUAAGAAAAUGGGGAAGGACUACUUUGACUAUAUCAACGUCGGCAGUUGGGACAAUGGUGAACUGAAAAUGGACGAUGACGAGAUUUGGUCAAAGAAAAGUUCUGUCCUCAGAUCCGUUUGCAGUGAACCUUGUGACAAAGGAGAUAUCAAGGUUAUCCGCAAAGGAGAAGUCAGUUGCUGCUGGACUUGCACACGAUGUAAAGAAAACGAAUUUGUCUUUGAUGAAUACACGUGCAAAGCCUGCGAGCUGGGUUCUUGGCCCAGCCACGACCUCACCGGUUGUGAUUUAAUCCCAGUCCAGUACCUCCGAUGGGGCGAUCCGGAACCCAUUGCAGCCGUCGUUUUUGCCUGCUUGGGUCUCCUGGCCACCAUGUUUGUCAUGGCCGUGUUCAUCAUGUACCGCGAUACGCCGGUCGUCAAGUCGUCUAGCCGGGAGCUCUGCUACAUCAUCUUAGCGGGCAUAUUUUUGGGCUACCUGUGUACUUUCUGCCUCAUCGCAAAGCCUCAGCAGAUCUACUGUUACCUUCAACGGAUCGGCAUUGGUCUCUCUCCAGCUAUGAGCUACUCGGCCCUUGUGACGAAAACCAACCGCAUCGCAAGGAUCUUGGCCGGCAGCAAGAAGAAAAUCUGCACAAAGAAACCUCGGUUCAUGAGUGCUUGCGCCCAACUGGUCAUUGCAUUUAUCUUAAUAUGCGUCCAGCUGGGCAUCAUUGUUGCCCUGUUCAUCAUGGAACCACCGAAUAUAAAACACGACUAUCCGAGCAUCCGAGAAGUGUAUCUGAUAUGCAACACCACCAACCUGGGCGUGGUGACUCCCCUCGGAUACAAUGGCUUGCUCAUCUUGAGCUGUACCUUCUACGCGUUCAAGACCAGAAACGUCCCUGCCAAUUUCAAUGAGGCCAAGUACAUCGCCUUCACCAUGUACACCACUUGCAUCAUCUGGCUGGCCUUUGUGCCCAUUUAUUUCGGGAGCAACUAUAAGAUCAUCACCAUGUGUUUUUCCGUCAGCCUGAGCGCCACCGUGGCUCUUGGCUGCAUGUUCGUGCCAAAGGUGUACAUCAUCCUCGCCAAGCCAGAGAGGAACGUACGCAGCGCUUUUACCACAUCAACGGUGGUCCGCAUGCAUGUCGGGGAUGGGAAGUCAUCUUCUGCCACGAGCCGUUCAAGCAGUUUGGUCAACUUGUGGAAAAGAAGGGGGUCAUCUGGAGAGACUCUAAGGUACAAAGGCAGGAAGCUGGCCCAGCACAAGUCGGAAAUAGAGUGUUUCACUCCAAAAGGGAGUAUGGGAAAUGGUGGGCGAGCGACAAUGAGCAGCUCCAAUGGGAAAUCGGUCACAUGGGCCCAGAACGAGAAAAGCACUAGCAGGGGAGCCCACCUCUGGCAAAGGCUAUCCGUUCAUAUCAACAAGAAAGAGAACCCCAACCAAACAGCAGUGAUCAAGCCUUUCUCGAAAAGCACAGACAGCAGCCGACAUGGCAGCAGCACUACUCUCACCACCACGUUUCCGGAGUCCAGUGCCAAAACACUUUACAAUGUCUCCGAAGCCGAAGAGCACUACCCAGUUCAGUACCGAGCCCAGACUCCUUCGCCCAUCAGUACGGUGAGCCAGAGGACUGCCUCGCUUAGCCGGACGGAAGACGACGUCCCAACCUUCCAGUCGGAGCAAGCCCAGAGAAGCAGCUCCUCCCAAGGCUCUCUGAUGGAACAAAUCAGCAGUGUGGUGACCCGUUUCACCGCCAAUAUCAGCGAACUAAACUCCAUGAUGCUUUCCACGACCACGCCGGGGGCCAUGGUGGCCACCCCUCUGUGCUCUUCCUACCUGAUCCCAAGAGAGAUACAGCUUCCAACGACCAUGACAACGUUUGCAGAGAUCCAGCCCCUCCCUGCCAUCGAGGUCAAUGGAGCCUCCCAAACAGCCAGGAAGCCAUCUUGUGGCAGCGUCAAGGAAGGCCCUUCAGCGGAAACGCCAGCGGCAGCCAAGCCAGACGUCGAGGAGUUGGUGGCGUUAACACCUCCCUCCCCUUUCAGGGACUCUGUUGAUUCUGGGAGUGCUUCGCCCAGUUCCCCGGCCUCCGAAUCUGCCCUCUGUAUCCCUUCGUCGCCAAAAUAUGACUCGCUUAUGAUAAGAGAUUAUGCUCAGAGUUCUUCUUCUUUGUGAAUGUAGUUGAAGUUCAACCUUGGAUCUCUACAGCUUCAAGUCAAUCGGGAGGGGAGGCCAGGCCUCUGGGUUCUCCAGUGUUUACAGACACAGUGAGAGUAAUGGAUCACCCUGGGGGGAAAGAAAAAAAAAUGGAAAGGGGGGAAAUGAAAAAGACCAACGAAUUAUGCUCUUUUAAACACACACACACACACACACACACAAAAUAAAACUUUUAGCAGAUUUUUGUGGCCUUAAAAACAUGGGCUUUUAAAUGGAAAAAUAAAACACUGCACCAAUUUCCGAGGGCUUAUAAGGAGUCUUUUAAAUUACUUACAUACCAAGUGCUUUGCAUUAGUGUUUAACAAUGAACCAUCGAUGCGUAGUGUGGGGUCGGGUUAGGGAGAAAAAGAAGUCGAUGUGGAGCAGCUGUCCAGUGCGUGUUUACUUGGAUUCCUUAACCUGGAAGUGAACCUUGAUCUUUUAUCAAGACACGGAAGACCAAAACAUUGAAUGUACAUUUUCUAAUAGACUUAAGACCUGGGACCAAACAAUCCAGUUCCUUCUUCUUCUUCUUCUUCUUUUUUUUUGGUUUGUUUCAGUUGAAGGUGUUUGUUUUUUUAACGACCAUCUCAACCAAUAGUAACCUAUUCUGUAACUCCUAAACUUUUUUUGGCUCAAAAAACACUAUUAUGUACAUGGCGGUACG